UCGUCAUAGCCUACCUACAUGUUAUUUAGAUUUCUAAGAAGUUUAAUCUUUUUUAGUUUUCUAAUUAGUAUUUAAGGCAUUAUUAAGGUUAAAGCAGAGAUUUAAGUAUAAUAAUUUUAAUAAUUGAAACGUAAAGAAGCAGAUACCGAUAAAAUAUAGACUGUAAGUAAGUUAGUUUUACAGUAAAAAGCAAAAAAUAUUCGGGGCAAGUGCGUUUUCAGUCGCGGAGGCUAAGAAGAAGCGAAGCACCAUUUUUUCGAGGAGAUUUUUCGCUCCGUAAAGUGAUUUUCUGGUGUGUGCGGUGAAAGAGGAAGAAAAAGCGAAAAUUGUACGAGAAUCGGCGCCGCGCGUGUAGCCAAAUCGAACGAAAAAUAGUAAGAAGACCAAAAGUGCGUGUUUCGUUGACUAAGAAGGGCCCCGUACGGAGUAAAAAGAAGUGUGCGAAUUCAUGAUGCAUCCGUCGAAGAAGAUGAAUGCGGCGGAACUGGAUGACCACGAGAAGGGUAAGCUGUUUGUCGGCGGUCUGUCGUGGGAAACGACCCAGGAAAAUUUGCAGCGCUACUUUGGCCGCUACGGCGAGGUUAUUGACUGUGUGGUCAUGAAGAACAACGAAACGGGCCGUUCCCGCGGGUUCGGGUUUGUAACGUUUGCCGACCCGGACAAUGUCGAGCGUGCUCUGGAGAACGGCCCACACACACUGGACGGCCGUACCAUCGAUCCGAAACCGUGCAAUCCUAGGUCACUGCACAAGCCCAAGCGUACCGGUGGCUACCCGAAGGUCUUUCUCGGUGGUCUCCCCCCGAAUAUAACGGAAACGGAUCUGCGCAGUUUCUUCUGCCGCUAUGGGAACGUGAUGGAGGUGGUCAUUAUGUACGAUCAGGAGAAGAAGAAAAGCCGCGGAUUUGGGUUCUUGUCGUUUGAAAACGAAGCGGCAGUCGAGCGAGCAACGGCGGAACAUUUUGUAAACAUCAGCGGCAAACAGGUAGAAAUCAAGAAGGCAGAACCUCGUGACGGCAGUGGUAAUAACAACAGUAUGAAUGCCGACUCCUAUCAGUGGGGCUCCCCGCAAGCACCCCCGAUGGGCAAUGGUCAAAUGGGUGGCCCACCAAUCAACAUGCAGUCGAAUAUGAUGCAGGGCUAUCAAGGCUGGGGUGCUUCACAGCCACAGCAAGGAUACGGCGGUUACGGAGCCUCUGCCGGAGCGGCCAAUGCCUACCAGGGCUGGGGUGCUCCUCCACCGCAACAGUGGGGCAAUUACAACGCUACGCCCCAGCAGACUCAAGGUUACGGAGGAUAUGACAUGUAUAACAGCUCCGGCGCUGGCAGUGCCGGUGGUUACGGUUCCGGUAACUGGAACUCCUGGAAUAUGCCGCCGAACACUGGUUCUACCGGUUCUGCCGACAUGUAUUCUCGGCCUCAGUCCGGUCCAACGGCUGGCCCUGCUGGAUCGGCCGGCCCGACGGCGGGUGGCCCUUCGAAGCCCGGUUCCGAGUACGGUGGUGGUUCGGCGUACGGUUCCGGUGCUGCCGGCGGUUAUGGCGGCUACUAUCAAAAUGAGCAGAACACGGCCGCUGCCUACAACCGACCGCGAUCGGCUUACGGCGGUGCAAAUGAUGCUACGUCGCAGCCUCCUUAUCCAGCAUUUUGAGAAAUGACGACGAGCAGGAUGCAACCGACGCCACUGCAGCAGCAGCAGCAGCAGCAGCAACAGCAACCUCAGCAACCGAUGCAUUUUGCCCAGCAACAGCAGCAGCAGCAGCAACAACAACAACCAGGGCAAUCAGCGGCAGCAGCAGCGGCGGCGGCGGCGGUCGCAGCCUCCUUCGAUCGAAGUUUGAUUGGAACGAAAUCAUAAGAUGAAGAAGAUUAUUUCUUAUUUUUUUAAACUUGAAAAAUUAUACAUAUAUUCUAUCGCAAGAAGAAGAAGAAGCAGAAGGGGAAACAAUUAUACAUAUAUUCUUAAACAGAGGAGAAACUACACAGAGAAGUUUAAUAUAAAAAAAAGCAAAACACACAAUUGGAAAAUGGCAAGUAAAAAUAUACAAACGUAAGCAUAAAUAAAAAAAUACACAUCUAAUAUAACUUUAUUGACUAGGCUUAGGUGCGAUGAAGCAGAUGAAAAGAAAACCGAAAACGAAGGGAAGAAAUAAGAAGAAAUUGUUCAAUCUACUGAUUAGAAAUUGAAUAAAAAUCAGAGAAAACCUGUUCAAAAUAAGCGUAUAAAUCUGUUUCUGAGUUAGUUAGCUGCAGCGAAAAUGAAAACAUUUAAAGCAAAAUAAACCACAUACACACAAAAACCAACUCUAUUAGCAUUAAAAAAUGGAUUAAGAUACACGUAAAUCAUUUACGAACACACACACAUACAUACACACACACCCACACUUGAGCCGUAAAUUUAACUCGACCGUAUUUUAGAUGAAGGUUUUCGGGUGAUAUUUUUUCUGACAAUGCGGAGGGCAACUUUGCUAAACUGUGGUGGAUCGUCUUCUGCGGAACCGAGCAAGUGUUGUUUCCCCUCUCUCUCUCAGAACAGAAUCGGUUAGUUAUUCGCAAAAUAUUCUUAACCGUUAGUCCCUCGUUAUUAGAAACCACACUGAGAAAACGCAUAAAAAUGAUGGCAAAAAAAUGGUAAAAAAAGUCACUGAGGAAAAAAAUUCACAGGAAAAUUUAUUUCUUUUUCUACACCAAUAUAAUAAGAAGAUUGAAAAAAAAAAAUUCAUGAAAUGAUGGUAUUUUAAUUUCCUCCUGUAUUUUCGUUUAAUCCCCGGAAUCAAACUAUCGAACAGAGCAUGGUGUAAGAAGAGGAGAAAACAAAAGCAACCGCAAAAAAAACAGCAAAAUCCCCUUUUAAUAAACACAACACUUUUUGUCUAUAACGGAACGAUAAGGAUAUACAUUACUAUACUUAAUCAGGUACCCAUAAUAAUAACAAAAAAGAGAAUGAGUUUAGUAAAGAUGGUGGCGAAAGUCCAGUAGCCCGAUCAGCUAAGAAGGCCGUGACGCGAUGCGCAGUCAGCCGGUCUUCAUUUUCUUCUUUCUGCUAAGUAGGCGUGUUAAGAGCAACAACUGCAACAGCGAUUGAUUUAAUUGAUUUUUGUUCAUGUGAUUUUCAGUUCGUACGUUCGUUCGUUCGUUCGUUCGUUUUUUUUGGGUUAAGCUUACUUCCUAAGUAAAACAAAUAUAAGCAAAGUAAACAAUGAUAAAGAGACUCAGAGCCUGAAAGCUUGUAUUUUUUUUUGUAUAAUUACCUGUACUUUUUAAGUUUGUCGUCGUUUUUUCGUCGUUAAGGAUCUAAUCUUUAAAUCGGGAUAGAAGCAAAAAGUAUAAGGACAAAAACCGAAACCCCAAAGCCUACUACUGUGCGUGCGCGUUCGUUUUUUAUUAAAGUUGUAAACUACUCUUAGAGGUAUUUUUUAAAACUGAGUAUAAUAUGGUGAAGUUGAUCACAGUAAAAACAUCCCCAUCUCUUUGAUAAGUGAAAUAAGGCAAGGCAUAAAGCAAACUAGUAACUACUCCUGUAAUCUUAGAUGAGCAAGUAAAGAAUGCUAAAAUAAAGUAACGUUUUUUUUCGAAACGGUAUUGAUAAACGAACGGAAGACCUCCUUUUGAUCAGUCGUGUUUAAGCUUAACUUUAGAGAAAGAGAGAAAACAAAAGAAGGGAAAAUGAGAAAAUGAUUUGUUUUUUUUAAACUAACGAUAAACCUAAAUGAUGAGAAUACAUAGGCAAGCAACAAUCUAAUGAAAAAAAGAAAACACAAGAUGAAAAAAGUCUAGCAAAUAAUUAUUAUGGGUAAGUUUGAUACAACAUAAGCAGAAAACAAACCAACAAAUUAGAGAAGCGAAAGUCGUUUUCUUUCAGUUUCGUAAGGACAAAGUUAAACUACAAGUUUAAAGUGUAACUUCUAAUGAUAACGUUUCACCUGAUUAAAAUAAUUCACUCGCAGAUAUAAGAAGACACUGAAUUAAAAAACAAAAAAAACAAAUGAGUAAGCAAAGCUGCAGCCGGCAUAAGUUGAAUAAGUUCUCCUGCGUUGUUUGGUUUUCUGAGAGCGACGCGCUCCGCAAACAUAGAUGAUGGAAAAGCUAGAAAAAGAAAUAAGUUACGACUCUAAUCGAAAUCCUAUAUUCAAAACCAAUAGAGUGACAUAAAAUAGCACAGAGAAAAAAAAACAGAGUAAAGAAGCAAAGUAAGCCGUGAAAAAAACAGCAAACAAACAGCAACGGGCAACACGUGUCACGAGCGAAACAAGAGCAAGCAAAGCCUCCUUUUGUGUGUUUUUAUCCACUUGAAUAUCAAAAACAAAACUAAAAAAAAUUCUUCGUCGCGACUUGUACAAAGAGAAAAAAACGCGCUCGUAAGCCCCAACUAAACUAGUAGGCGGCUGCGAACCACCUUGGAAUUAAGCUUUCGUUUUUUUUUGCUAUAGGAUUAUCCUUCGUUUUUCUUUUUUGUUCCUUUUAUUUCCUAAAAAAUCAUUUCCUUGCGUCUCUGGUUACGUUUAGUACGUCAGUAACAUUAAUCACACAUUGAACCAUAGCAUUGAACCGAAUGCAGCAGCAGCAGCACAGUGAACACAGAAGUAACUCAGAACCUAAUUGAUAAAAAAAUACAAGCUAAUGAUAAUCUUAAAUAGUAAUCGUCGUGGUUCACUACAUAAGCGCGUUUUCAUCCCCAUCCGGUCCCGUGGUCCGGUCGGUGGUGUGUGGGCAAUUUAAUUCUUAAUUGCAUUCUUUUUAAAAACUCUGGGGCUACUUUCUUCAUGUUUGAACAUCUACUCUCACCCCCCCCCCCUCCUGUAUUAAAUCGCGAUAACACACUGUUCAAUGACUAUCAACUUUUUUUUGCUUAAUUUUAUUUUUUGUUUUUCAUUAUUUGUCAUCUUAAAAUAAAUAAACAAAAAAAUUUAUAUAUAUUUUUCUAGUAUAGUAAAAGUGGUGAAGAUAAUCUAAUUAUUAUUUUUUUCCGUGAAGAUAAUUAUUCUGAUUCUUUUAUUCCUGUUCAAUUCGAAGUAAAAGAAGAUCAAA